GGAGCUCUGCUAAUCGCGGCGAACCGUGUCCGGGCCUCAGAUCGAAGCCGGUCGCCAGCUCGAAGCGUCGUCCCGGUGUCAAGCUCGCCAGUGCGUACGGGGUAGAGCGCGUUUUGAAGUGCGGAUGUUAUUUUGGCAAAUCGCGGAGUAUGUAGCGCGCGAUUUGGAGGGUUUUGUGUGCUGAUUGAGGUGGUUUCUUGAGGUGUUUUUUUUAAGUUGGGAUAUGAGGAUUUGGUGAGAUAGAGCACGAUGCGAUUCGGCGGAGGGACGAUCCGGACCAGACCCGCCGCCACUGACCUGACGCAGUUCUUCUUCUUCGUCGUGACGGCCGUCUUCAUAAAUUCAACGGGAGCUGCACGGAGAUCGAGGAUGAACGGCACAUGGCUGAGAAUGGGCAUGAUUCAAGACGAAAUGAUGCAGUCAGAUCAAACUACGCCUUCUUGUCAAAGCCUACCAGGUUUGACACCUGGACAAUCUAGGAUCUGUCAUCUUUACAUAGACCACAUGAAUGCCGUGGCCUUGGGUGCCAAAACAGCCUUGACUGAAUGCAGACACCAGUUCCACGGCAGAAGAUGGAACUGUUCAGUUCUUGAUGAUGUUAAUGUUCUGGGACCUGUCCUCAACAUGGGCAGCAGGGAGUCUGCAUUUGCCCACGCUUUAGCUGCUGCCGGUGUUGCUUACUCAAUAUCCAGAGCGUGUAAGGAAGGUCAGCUCUCAUCCUGUGGGUGUUCUAGGACGAAGAGGCCGAAGGAUCUUCGGAAGGACUGGGUCUGGGGUGGCUGUGGUGACAAUUUGGACUACGCCUACAAAUUCACCCAGACCUUCGUGGACAUCACAGAGAAGGAGCGUCGCUUCAAGAGGGGCACCAGGGCGCAGGGGAAGUCCCUGAUGCACCUGCACAACAACGAGGCAGGCAGGAGGGCAGUUGUCAAGAACUCCAAAGUGACUUGCAAAUGUCAUGGAGUCUCUGGAUCUUGUUCGUUGAUAACCUGUUGGCAGCAAAUGGCUACUUUUCGAGAAAUAGGUGACUACCUGAGGGACAAAUACGAUGGAGCCACUGAGGUCAGGGUGAACAGGAGAGGUCGCCUCCAACUCCGAGACCCAAGGGUGAGGUUACCCACAGCUCAAGACCUCGUCUACAUGGAGGACUCGCCCAACUACUGUGUCAAAGACGACGUCAUAGGUUCCCUAGGUACCCAAGGUCGUACUUGCAGCAGGACCUCCCAAGACCUGGACGGCUGUAACCUCCUAUGCUGCGGCAGAGGUUACAACACCCUCAAUUCUACUGUGGUCGAGAGGUGUGACUGUCAGUUCAAGUGGUGUUGUCAGGUUGAGUGCAAGACGUGUGUCAGAUCUUUGGACGUACAUACUUGUAAAUAGUUGAGUUUAGUAGAGUGUUACGUUUAAGUGGAGACGUUAUUUUGUCGUCUUCAGGUUUGGAGAAGCCUAGGAGAAGAAACAACUGGUGGAGGCUGGAUCGAUUGACAGUUUGAAGUCGAGUUGACAGAUUUUGUAGAUCUGUGGUUCGGGGACAGAUUUGGCAACCCGGCACUUAUGAAGUGUGCAAACCACUUCAUUGUAGGAAUAGUGAAUGAUUUUAGGUUCAAGUUCGUGUAAAUACAAAUUAUUUCUUCGUUGAAUGCUACAGAUCUUAAACUUCACUUAAAGGAACGAGAUCCCCGUAACUUCACUUACUUCAAAAUAUACCUACGAAAAUAGUAUAAUAUGGUCUAUACAUUCCUUUGAUAACUCAAUUUCUUGCAACGAGUUUAUUGUUUUAAUUAUCUCAACUAGAUUUUCAAAACGAAUAUUUUAGACCGAGCCUGACUAAGUGAACAGGGUUGCCUAAAAAAUAUUUUUCCCUCAGAGUACACCUAAAACAAUUACAUAAUUAUUGUUCCAAAUAUAAGUUUUUCUCCCAAGAAAUAUUUAUUGUACUUAAGUAAAAAUAUCUAUAUGAAUAAAGCAGAUUCAGUUUUAAAUUACUAGUGAUCAGUAUUAUUAGUUUUUUAUAAUGUUGAGUCCUAUCCAAUCGAACAUUAGAUAAUUACAAGAUAAAUAUGUAUUUAUGUAUCUUCUAAUAAUUGUUUGAUUCAUUAUCAUUUCAUUCCAAUUGUCGAAUUUGUAACAUGAAUUUUCCUGAUGAAAUUAAUAUUUUAAUUUACUGUGACUUUCAAAUGACUUCUUGUGUUUUUUCACAUGCUUUUUCGGCAUGAUAAAAAAAUUGUACACUUAAAUUUUUUCGAUUUGAUUCACGAAUUUUUUUUCGUGAUAUUCUCAAUGGUUCCUACAAAUAUCAUCUUCAUAUCACGCAUUCUGAACAUUACCUUUCCCCUAUAUCUAUUCAUAUGUACAUAAAAUGUGUAGGCUUUCUAUAAUCCUAAGUAACCAGAUGUAAAUUAUAUUCUGUUUUUAUGAAUAAUUUAUAUAUUAUUUAUUGUGUGUCGAAUAAAAAUAUCGAGUAAACUGGA